AUGAUUAAAGCAGAAAAUCUGAUCAGGAAAUUUGGUAAUUCAAUUGCCGUUAAUGAUAUCAGCUUUGAGGUAAAAGAAGGGGAGAACCUGAUUUUAUUAGGCACAAGCGGCUGUGGUAAAACAACUACACUGCGCAUGAUCAACAGGCUGAUUGCCCCUGAUUCAGGAACUAUUUUCCUGGAUGGGGUUGAUAUCAGUACGCGGCAGCCAGAAGAAUUAAGACGUGGAAUAGGGUAUGUAUUACAGAACCACGGUCUUUUUCCGCAUUAUACCGUCGCUGAAAACAUUGCUAUUGUACCCAGAUUGCUGAAAUGGAAAAACGAAGAUAUCCGUAAAAGAGCAGAUGAAUUAUUUCAAAAGUUAAAUCUUGAUCCCGUUUUAGCAGACAAAUACCCGGCAGCUUUGAGCGGCGGACAACAACAAAGGGUAGGUCUGGCCCGGUCAUUAAUGGUUAAUCCACCGGUAUUAUUAAUGGAUGAGCCUUUUGGCGCAUUAGAUAAUUUAACAAGAAUCAGUAUUCGUAAAGAGUUUAAAGCGCUGGAUGAACUGAUUAAAAAGACGGUGGUUAUGGUUACGCAUGAUGUACAGGAAGCCUUUGAAAUGGGCGACCGGAUUUGCCUCAUGGACAAAGGUGAAAUCAAACAAAUCGGAACUCCUGAAGAUUUACUUUUUAAUCCUGCAAAUGACUUUGUAGCUGAUUUCUUUAAAGAACAACGUUUACAGCUGGAAUUGAAAUCUGUUUUGAUCGCUGAACUAUUGCCUGGUUAUUCAGACCAAAAGGUUACAGUUUGGGAAAAAAUGGAGGAAUUGCUUCAGACAGGCCACAAUGAGGAUGCUGUUGGUAUGGAAGACUUGAUGCGUGCUUUUUCAGCUUAUAAAAAACAAUAA